AUGCUCAGUCCGCCAGAUAUUACUGGCCAUCCCACGAACGCAUUCAUGUACGAGCUUCUUCUCGGCGACCGUGGGUGUCGAUUGAGAUACAUGGUACACUGGGCUCACAGCCUCAUCUCGGUGGAGGUCAUGCAAGAGCUGAGGAAACGAUAUCCAUGGAGUCUUGCAGUACAAAGGAUAACAAAAGAGGUUUCAAGAACCAAGAGGACCAAUUUGCGAUAUGGAUUUCUACCCACGGUGGAGACCCUAGACUUUUACGAUGAUGAAUCUGUGCUGCAAGACUUGGUAGAGAUUUUGGCGACAUAUCCGGAGUUUUCCUAUUUGACUUCGAGAGAGUACGAUAUAGAUUUACGAAAGGCGACGGGUCCCCAGGAAGAUGACGAGGACUUGCCUUCUGAGGAUGAGGAUUACUUUUCCGACUCCUCCGACGAAUCUGACAAUGAGGAUACGCCCUGCUACUCAAAGGAAACUCAGAUGACUGUCUUGCAGUGGAAACCAAAAGCGUGGUGGAUUCCAGACCGCACUGAGCUCAAAAGAGUAUUGAAGUUCCUGCCUCCGUGGCCCAAAGUACCUCCAGAGCCGCCUUUUUACGACUGUUGGGUACCAUUCAUGUACUUCUCAGCAGCUGCAGUAGCUACUCGCUUUAUCGAGAGGCUUUCUCCGAACAUAUGCAGGCAAUUGCGCAAGAUCAUUAUCCAGGAGGAUCGACUGAGCGUGUCUCGUUCAAAAACUCACGCACAGGCUUUCAUACCGUUGUGCGUUGCGAAUCCUGAUCUCCGCAUAGAACGCAGGGUCGAUGUCUGGUAUACCGAGUUCGUGCAUGAGAGCGAAUAUUUCGACGAGUUCGCAAGCAGAGUAAUAGAGGCAAUCGCUGUAUGGAUCAACGAGAUCAAGAUAGUGUACCAAUUAGGUAUGCCCGUCGCGUGCUUCAAUUUAGUCCUGCACGGGCCUUCCAAACGAGCAAGCCAGCAGCUUUGCGACGCCGUUGUAAGAGCAGCGAUAUGGCAAGACGGCGCUGUCGAGAUAGCUCGGCGGGAGCAGCGAGCGUUCGACUAUGAUCAAGCCGGCGCUGUAGCCGAAGACUUUGUCGACGUUAUCAAAGAGAUGCUGCGAGGGGAAAUAGCGGCGAGGUUCGAUGGUGCGGACAUGGGCGAGAUAUGGGAUAUUGAGAAGAUUCUACGCGAACACGUUGGUGACUGGCCUCGUUAUGUCGGGGAUGUGUUCCGUCUUCAGGACUUCGACGAGCCGGAUGGUGGCUGGGAAGCGGCGCGCGAGGUGUAUGAAGAAAACGUCGAAUGGAUGGAUAGAAUAAACGGGUGGAGGCGAUUGGCCGGAGAAGAGUAG